UUUUUUUUUGGAAUAAUGUCUAAGUACCAAUAACACUGUUUCUUUCUUGACAGAAUUUCUUAUAAUGAAUUCAUCACAGCAAUCCGCGGAUGCUGUGCGCGCCGCUAUAUCCUCGACAGCAACAUGUACUCUAGCAACGGUCACCCUCCUCAGCGACCUAUUAACUUCUAAGGCGACUACUACUCUAAAUAUACCUGGACCCUCCAAAAUAGUUUCUAGAGCGACGGCAAAACCCACGAAAAAAGGCACAGUUCGAGCUCCUGCGUCGCGGUCCAUAGUCAGUGAGGCAGACAAGGAAAACACAGACGCGAACGACAAUCUAGAGCUGCUAUCUCCCAAAGAAAAAUUCACACUGGCCACUGAAGCUAUUAAUAUCACACUGAAAACUUUGACGGAAGCAAUCAAAGUGCCAACCCAGCUCCGAAAAGCGCCAACUACUAAGGAGAAAGUAGCAGCUCCCAAAGGCCUUAGACGAUCCAGUUCAGUUCCUCAAGCACCAUUACAACCAAGAGCUUUGAACCGAGUUUCUAGUUCACCCAAUAUUUCAAAAACAAGAGAGAGAUCCGCAUCCACAGCGUCAACAUGUGCGCCUGGAGUUCGAGCAAUUGCGGAAUGCGCCAGAGCUGCUUUUUGUGUUGAGAGGAUUUCAGCUCGCGAAUGUGGCAGGUCUUACUAUGCCACAUUUACAGCUCGAGAAUGGGAUGUCUGUACUGAUUGGAAAGCUAUUGGCACUGGGCUUGGAAGAUUUGGCUACUAAAGAGCUAAGAAUCUUAAAAAGACGGCUGGACAUCGAAAUUGGAGGGAAAAGUGCGCCAGUAGCAAAAGACACGGCGACCAUUGUAGCACCGCAAACAUUAGCUGAACUUUUGGACUUUGGAAAGAUCUUGGUAACCGGCGCGAAAUUAGGUCUGAUAAUCACAACCCAGUUACAGGUAUUAAGGCUUAUGAUCGCUUCGCGUAAACCUAAAUCCAUUGGAGCUACUCUGCCAUUUCUACGGCCCGGAUACGCCUCCUCGCCCGUGAAACUCCUUUUAAGAGUUGCCGAGGAUCCAGCUCAAGUAAACAAAACUGCUCGUCAACUUCAGACCCUGUCCGAUAUGCUUCUAUCCAUGAGCCCAAGCGUCUCAGCCUCGGAAGAUGCCACCGCACUAGAUUGCAAAGUUAGCAUAACACCACAUGCGGCGUUCGUGUUACAAGCAUUAGCUCUUGACGUGCGGUUGUCAUGGUGGAAACUCGCGAAUCAUGUAGGAAACGUUGAAAAAGAUAUUUUUGAUCCUUUCCUUCGUUGUGUUCAAGCUUAUGCUCGGCGGAGUCAAAAUGAGGCUUCUAAGGUUUAUACAACAUGUUCUAAUGCAUAUUCGCAUCUCAAAAAAGCAUCACUGAAAUACGAGACUACUGGUCUCAAGUCAGCGCCAGCUUUGAUGGGUAUAUACCGUUUGUUCGGAUCGCUGUCGAAAGAAGCCAAUGCCAUUGACGAAGCUAUGGGAUGGGUUGAAAUGGCACGAAGUCUUCUUGAUUCUAGAGGCGACUCGAAUGCUAGAUAUAGUGCUCUCACGGCACGUCUAGUUUCUCUGAGUCUGCGAGAUCCACAACACAAGCAGACGGAAAAGCUUUUGACCGAGCUGUUGGAUGUGCUAGAGCGACCGUUUAAAGGGGAGGCGUCCGAGAUUGAGGAAUUAUUAAUAGAAGUCUCCUCCACACGGAGAGCUGCUAUUACAGCUGUUUCGAAUCCCGUGCCUGAGGUAUCAUCCAACACCAAUGGCAGCCUCUCAGUCGAAGUCCGCCGAAUGUGUGAAUCUCUCGUUUCCUUAUGCCCGCGACUCUCACUUCGAUAUAUCGGUAGGAAGCCGGAUGAAAAUGCUACGAGCAAGGACGUUGUGCGAUUCGAACAGCGUAGGAAAUUCAUUACCAAGUCCUCCGUCUAUGCCAUUGAUUCCACAUUAUUCUUAGUGAAACUACUUCUCAAACAGGAAGCAUCACCAUGGGAACAUAUAGACUCUUUGCUGCAAGAUUGCCUUACAUUACUCGACCGGCUAGAACUCAGUUCUAUUGAAGCCGAAAACUUCGAUGCGAAACAGUAUUAUAUCAAAAUUUCUAACCUUUACUUCACGUACUUUCUUGAAAUACGUCGCAAUACCGACCUUGGAAACGAUAAUCCACAGGCACGAGUGGUACUCCGAAGGUCAAUUGACUGUCUUAAAUCGAGAUCACUUUCGGACAGGAAAGCAGGCCUUAUAUCUAUGAAAUUAGAACGAAUGGCGGAUCUUUCUAAAAUUACGGGCCGGUUUGAUGAACUCUUCGAAGCUCUUGUCAUGUUACGAGAUGAGAUGGUAGAGAACGGUGUCUUAUCCAAGGUUGUUGAAGGUGCCAGAAAUCUAUCAAUCCGAAAGGCUUGGGAAUGUAGUGAAGAUGCCUCGGUUCUUGCUCGAACUAUACAGUCUCUAGUAAAGGUAUAUCUCAACCAUCCAGAAGUUUCUGCCGAGCCUUGGCUUUUCGCUAUUUCUUGGACGGAUGAGCAAAAAGGUGCUGUUCUUGAGCAUCAAUUGGACAUACUGGCUGGCCUAACCAAUCCUACUUCUAUUGCUGUGGAUUUGAAACGCAAAGUCUUUGAUAACCUCCUCUCUUUGUACGACUUAAACCAAUAUCCCGUUCGUAGACUACGAGCAAUGACCAUAUUUCAACAUUCGCAUGAUAAACAAACAGAAAGUUCUAUGCUCGAUACGCUCGGAGCGCUUAUGACCAAGUCUAUCGAUUUCGAAACAUCUCAGGAUUCUGGUUUAGCAGGUUACGUGAGGCACUGGGUGGCUAUGGCAAUGAGUAUAAUUGAACUUCAAAAGGAUGAAAUCAGCAUCAAAGUUCUGAACAACUGCAUCGUAAACUGGCGAAAAAUUCGUUCUGUUGUUAAAAACGUCGCGGCUAUGCAGCUUCACAUUGAAAACAUUCCGCAGCUCUUGCUUCACUUACAAUCACUUGCCAAUUUCAUGGAAAUGAGAGGUCUUGAAACUGACAAGCUUGUCAUUCUUCGACUCAUUGCUGAUUACAACGAGCUCUAUUGUGAAGUAUCUGGUCACAACGACAUUGUGUCAACCUACAGUGCCUUAGGUCUCUCAUGGCUCCAACUUGGAUAUUCUGGAAAAGCUGGCUUAGCAUUAGACAAAGCCCAAAGCUUUAGCUUGCGCAGCGAUCUUGGCGCCAAAACGGACCUUCACAUUGCGUACUCUCAAUAUAUGUUAGCACUUGGAAAUCUUGAAAAAUGGUAUGUCUAUAAAUCUUUAUCCUCCAGAUCCUACUAACACGUGAUAGUCAAUUUCAUUUAGAAUGUGCUGAAGGAGCCUUCAUUCUGGAGCGAAAAGAGAUAGAAGAAGAUAAAGCACCUCUCAGUCUCCAAGAAAAGACUCGACUGAACUGUGUGGUUGCGAAAGCUUCUCUGAUACGAUCAAUGCUUGCAAUUGAACAGGGAGGUUCCGAAUCUGCUCUUAUUCAUGCUAAGCAAAGCGUUAGGUUGCUUAGACGCGCCUGGGCUACCACCGAAGCAAUCCUCCAAAAAAAGAAACUAGCGGCGGCGCGCAAAGAGGAUUCGGAAAAGGUAGCACAUGAACUGUCCCUGCUAGACGUUUCUACAAACAAAAUAGCCGAUCAUCCUCAUCCACAAGAUAGCCCAUCAGGAAUUGGAUUUUGGCCACUAGUCAGCCCUCUUUUUCAGGGGUUGGUCCAUUUAUCCAAUUUAUACGCCCAUCAUGGAUUAUUCCAGGAGACAUUGCAUUAUGCGGAGCAAGCCCAUGAACUCAUUAAAGCAUUCAAUUUUGAUGGGCAGACUGCAAUAGCUUUAGCAACACUUGGAAGCAUUUGGACUAAAGCCGGGGAUCUUGACAAGGGCACUGAUUACCUUAUGGACGCCGAGAAAUACUAUAAGAAUGGUAUCAAGGGCAAAAGCUCGGUGACUGUUGCAUGUCAAGUAGGCCGUCUCCGCGGAAUGCUUGGAGAUCGUAAAGCUGAAAUCGCAUGCUUGGAAGAAGCAAAUCAAACUCUCAAAACUCUUACAGACCCUACAUUUCUUGCAGCUCUGGAAUCAGGUAAUACUGGCUCAGAGCAGGUCCCUGAUACACUGAAAAGCGGAAUGCAAACGCUUGAAACAUCGAAGCGAAAAGCGCCAGUCGCCAGGAAAACCACCGUUAGAAAAAAAGAGCCAGUACCCCGAAAACUUGUCAUUCGUUCCAAGACUCCAACUCCAAUUGAAUCAUCCGUCAGCACAGAGUGUCCUCAAUUAGACUCUUUACGAGCAAAUAUUCUGUGGCAAUUAGCUGACGCUUUAAUGAGUGUGAAAAGAAGGAAUGAAGCCCAAGUUUUCUUGGAGGAGGCCAGCAAAUGCUCUAACAGCCAGUUGGAUGAGGUAAAUAAAGGCCUCUCGGAAGCUAGAUGCUUGCUUGUGCGCUGCAUGGAGCAAAUGGCCUCCGAUCCAGUAUAUUCUGUGCUUCAAGAUUCAACGCUCUCUUUUCCAUCAGUCGUCGGAACUCUAAAAGGAAGCAAGGGUCAUGUCGAAAAACCAAAUUCUGCACAUCAAUCAUCGCCAAGAAAAACUCAAGCGUCGAAAAGCGGUCGUAGAGCAAAGAGCCCACCUCCGGAUAGUCUUUUUGACAAGUUGCACCGAGCUCAAGAAAUUCUGGUCGAAACUUAUCCAGCUGCAUUUCUCGUUGCUCCAAUUUCUGUCAUGCACAAGAUAACGUCUCUUUUAAAUAAUGUUUCUAUUCUGUUGUCUGCUGCAGGGCCCAUCAAAGGAAGAUCUCAACCUGGCCUUGCAAGUUGCUCCAUUGAUUCUGCACGAACUCUAGCAUUCCGCAGAGAGCGCAAAGUUAUUUUACAGGAGACUUGUAUCCCCGAACUGGAUGAUCUUCGAUGGCCUGAUUGUGGAGCUAUGUCACGACGAUCAAGUCUUGGGGCUUCAUUGUCAUUCUGCGACAUCCCAAAAUUUCAGAAAGAAUAUAUAGAUAUCCUACCAAAAACAUGGACUGCCUUUUCAAUAUCUUUGAGCGAGAAUCGUCAAGAACUUUCUAUUACCAAAUUACAAACUGGCCAUGGUCCGUUUGUUCUCCGUCUACCUCUGGGUCGAAACAAUUCUAUGGAUGCGGAUGAAGAAGUGUUUGGUUUUGAGCAAGGGAAAUGCGAGCUUUUGGAUAUUAUUGAUUCUGCGAAGGCUAACUCACAAAGUGGUCCUAGCAGAACGGGUCGUGAAGCUAAGCUUGCUUGGUGGGCAGAGCGUGAAGAAUUAGACUCUCGCCUUAAGGAUUUACUAGAGAACAUUGAGAAAGUAUGGUUGGGAGGGUUUGCAGGAAUAUUUUCCCAAUACACCAGAAAAUCAGAUCUACUUGCUCGCUUCCAGAAAUCCUUCGAAAAUGUACUCGACAAGCAUCUCCCUUCCCGACGAAAGAGUAAGAGAAAUUCUGGACCUCGUGUCACUUUGGACAGCAGAAUUCUGGAAUUAUUUGUCGGUCUCGGAGAUCCGACAGCGGAUGAUUGCGACUUUUCAGAGCAAUUGACCGAUCUUUUGUAUUUCGUGGUUGACGUUCUGCAAUUCCAUGGAGAAUUGAAUGCGUAUGCAGAAAUUGAUUUUGAUUCAAUCGUCAUUGAAAUCCAUGAUGCUCUUCGUUGCUAUUAUGAAGCUGCUCACAGUUCGAUUCAGGGUGAAGAAGGAAAGCAUACUAUCCUAAUAUUAGACAAAGCCCUUCAUAUCUUCCCAUGGGAAUCACUACCCUGUAUGGAAGGCCUAGCAGUCUCGCGUUUACCAUCGCUUGGCUGUCUUCGAGACCGGAUCUCCAAACAACAAAAAACAGAAAGUGAAGGUCCAGAGGGUCAUUACAUCGAUCGCAAUAAUGGCGCCUAUAUCCUGAAUCCAGAAGGGGAUCUCAAAAAUACUCAAGCCACCUUCCAAGCUCCCCUCGAAGCACUUCCCUCCUGGUCUGGCAUCACCAACCGUGCACCGUCUGAAGAAGAGAUUAAAUACGAACUUCAAAAUAAGGACGUCUUCUUGUAUUUUGGUCAUGGAAGCGGAGGACAAUUCAUUCGUUCAAAAGAAAUCCGCAAGAUGGAAAAAUGUGCAGUGGCGAUAUUGAUGGGCUGUAGUAGUGGUGCGCUCACUGACUAUGGAGAGUUUGAGUUGGGGGGACAGCCGGUGCAUUAUAUGCAUGCGGGGAGUGCAGCAUUAGUCGCGACGUUGUGGGAUGUCACGGAUAGGGAUAUUGAUCGGUUUGCGGGAAAGAUGUUGGAGGGGUGGGGUUUAUUUGGGGGUGAGGGUGAGAAAGCAGAAGGAAAGGAGAAGAAAGAAGGGAAGGGUAGAGGAAGAGGAAAGAAAGCUAAAGCAGAGAGGGAUGAAGAGCAUGGGGGAAAAUUAUCUUUGGUUGAGGCCGUGGCAAAGGCAAAAGGUGCUUGUAAAUUGAAGUAUCUUAAUGCGGCCGCGGUUUGUGUUUAUGGUAUUCCGGUUUAUAUCAGAGAUUAGUGUUGGGUGGUGGUUGGGUACAUAUAUAGGAAAGCGAAGAAGAGAGUAUGAAUAGGCUGGGACGAAAAUCGGUUUUUGAUGAGUGGCGUAUGGAUAUUAUAGGUGUAUUGUCUUUAUGGUAUGAUUAUGGCUAUGGUCAUAGUUAUGGUUAUGAUUAUGUUUAAAGAACGAGUAUGGAUGGCGAAUAUCCCCUUUUAGUGAUACUUUUCUUUAGUUAUAUUCCCAAUGAAGCAUUUACAUGAUUAACGAA